AUGAGGAUCUUCCUCAUCCGUCACGGCGAAACGGUCGACAACGUUGCACAAGUAUAUGCAGGUAGCAGAGACUCGGAACUGACCAACCAUGGCUUCAACCAAGCUACCUACCUCGCCCGCUAUCUCCGCGACAAAGGUCUGAGCUUUACGCACUUGUUUGCUUCUCCUUUACAACGAGCCCUCAAGACUGCACAACUCAUCCGCGAUGGUCAAGCAGCGCCCGAAGACCCGCAUCCUGCUCCGAAGCAGCCACUGGCAAUUACAAGCCUGUCUGUGUUGAAGGAACAGGAUUUUGGGUCCCAAGAAGGCAAGCCUUGGCGUGACCGGCCUAAUGGCUCGGACAAGGUUGGCAAGCAACCUUAUCAAGAAACACAGAAGGAUGAUCCUGAGUCCGUUGAUGUCGAGUCGAAAGAAUCCAUGGCGCAGCGCAUGGAUGAGUUUCUGGACGAGCACAUUGCGCCCUUGUGGCAAUCUGCCAGUGAGCCUGAUGAGCACAUCGUUGCCAUCGUGUCACAUGGGAUCAUCCUUUCAGUCCUCUGGCGCAGGAUUCUGCGACGGUUGCCUCCUUACAGCAUCAGCUUUGAUCGUGAAAUCACGGUUGAGAGGAGGUCAUCCUCUCUUGAGAACAUAUGCGGUUUCUCAAAUACCGGAUAUCUUGAAUUGGUCAUGACCGCAGGCGAGUCACUUGCGCGCGUUCCGACAGAAUCCAAUGAUGAGAAGCAACCCACCAACACUAACGAUGCUGGCGAGUCUGAGAACAGUACAUCAGAUUUGCCUCAAGCUCCGGUACGUUCUCCAGCUGCUGAUACCGAACAUGUCUCGACUGCUUCUAGCACGACGGUACCCGGUGCUCCAAAGGUUCUUCACGGAUGGGUUACUAAGAUCAAAACGAUCAAUGGCCAAGAGCACAUGAAAACCCUCAAAAGGACCCGUGGUGGUGUUGGCAGUUCGAAGCAUGACGAAAAGCAGAAGACGCUGGACUCUUUCUUCAAACGCCGCAGAACUGACUAA